CAGAUUGUGUGUGAAUUGUUUCAACUCGCACAGUUUGCCAAAUAAUAGUCGUGUUUCAGAGACAGAUAAUGUGUUCGAUUUAUUGAACUAUAUUUUGGGACAUUUUGAAAUCAAGAGAACUGUGUCCUACUAGGUUCCAUAUUUCAAUCAUCAGAUAAUGUUAACAGGUUAAAAUAGACUUCUAUUAUGAAAUAAUGCCUCAAUUUAAAAGCAAGUGCGGUAGCGUACCACACAGAUGCUGAUAGCAGACACAACUUUUGGUAUCGUGGAAUUCUUAUUGGGUUUCUUUUGCUGACUUGAACUUCUCCAAGAUUUGCAUCAACCAAUUUUCUACAAUAUUUCAUUCCCUUGGAUAUUGCUUGGACCCCGGCAUACGUGCUUUCGAAUGAAUUCUCUCUUCAUUUAAAAAUGGCGACAAUUUUUUACGAAUGCAUGAGUGGAAUAUUCAGUUCCUCAUGUUAUUUUGUGAUCUAUGGAUUUUUGGUUUACGUCACAAUUCCGCUGAUUUUCAAGAUUUACCCAAAAAUCGUCUUUGAAGGAUUAUUUCUCAACAGAGUCUGCCCACCUGUAUGGUUACUGAAGCUGAACAAACCAGACAAAGCCUACAAUCUUAAAGAGAGCAAGAACUGCUAUGUGAAGUCUUCGAGUGGAAGUACUUUAGGCGUUUGGCAUAUUCCGCCAGUCACUCAGUACGAUACUCCAGAGGUCAAAUUAGUGUCAUUACAAGACGCUAAGAAAAUCAUCAUUUAUUGCCAUGGCAACUCGUUUCAUCGUGGUUUCAAGCAUCGAAGAGAUUUAUAUUCAGAGCUGCAGAAAUCAGGAUUCCACAUCAUAGCUUUUGACUACAGUGGGUUUGCGGACUCUACCGGUCAGCCGAGUCCAACAAGAGUCGUGGAGGAUGCAAUUAGCAUGUAUAAGUGGAUGGUCAAGCAGGUUGGAUUAUGUUUUAUCAUAUUUGUCUCAGGGACGAGAAAAGCCAAUAAGACUGCUAUCAGCAAAGCAGAGCUCCAGAAAGAAGAUGUGACAAUUGUGCUUUGGGGUCAUUCACUCGGCACUUACAUCAGCACGAGGGCGCUAUCGCUCAUGUACGGCCAGAAAGAUGGCACUCGACUCCCUGACUGUCUGAUACUUGGAGCUCCGUUCACGAAUACAUACGAUGCCGCAGACUGCUUCCCACUAUCUAAGUAUUUCUAUCUGCUCUAUCCCUUCAUGAGAUCGCAAGUUCACAAGAAUAUCAGACAAUAUGACGUAGAGCUCAGGACGGAGAAGUAUCUGCCGACAAUAAAGGCUCCUGUUAUGAUCCUACACGCUAAAGAUGAUCAGAGAAUCGACAUUCAUCUCGGUGAGACUCUGUACGAAAAGACGACCUCUGACCCCAUGACAAAAUCUCCUCACAUUCGUUUCAUUCGAAUGCACAAAGAUUACGGAGUGAAACACUACACUGCUAAGCACCCUGAGAUAAACCAGUUAGUGCAUGAUUUCAUGGCUGAGGUAGCAAAGGUCAAAGGUGAUCAGGAACAAGGAACUCCAGAAAGAAGAUGUGACAAUCGUGCUCUGGGGUCAUUCACUCGGCACGUACAUCAGCACGAGGGCGCUAUUGCUCAUGUACGACCAGAAAGAUGGCACUCGACUCCCCGACUGUCUGAUACUUGAAGCUUUGUUCACGACUACAUACAAUGCUGCGGAUUGAUUUCCAUUGUCUAAGUAUUUCUAUCUGCUCUAUCCCUUCAUGAGGUCUCAAAUUUACAAAAAUAUCAAACAAUAUGACAUUGAGCUCAGGACUGAAAAGUAUCUGCCGACAAUAAAGGCUCCUGUUAUGAUUUUACAUGCUAAAGAUGAUCAGAGAUGCCACUGGUCAGAAUUAGCAAGUUACAAAUAUGCUUGGAAAAGAGUCGAAUCACUCAACCAAAGUAGAAAGAGUUCUGACAGAAGAGUUGCAAGUUUGCUCAAAUCAAAGUCCCAAACUCUCAACUUUAAAGCAGAAAGAGCACUGAUAAAAGAGCCCCUUGUCACAAAUAUGUAGCGGUUCAUGUGUAACUUGAAACAAUAUAUCGCAGUACUAUCAGAAAAUAGAUAUUGCCAUAUUUCAAUUACUGCCUUGUUGCCACAUUUUGAUAUUCUUUUUUUAAUAUUGGGUCGAAUAUUUUGGGCUACGUAAAUUAUUCCAUCUCUUCACCCCAUAACGUCAAAAGUUUGAGAACUUUUGGUUUAACAUAUGCUCUUUGUGCGACAGAGGUCAUUUGUAACUCUUUUAUCAGCACCUUGGUUCGAGCAUACUUGUAUAGACUUCCUAAAAUCAUCUAUUUUCAUGGUCAAAUAUGAAGUUCACAGUUAUGCUAUACUAAACUUUCCGGAAAAACAAUUAUUCGUGUCUUAGCGAGCAUGGUAAACUUCGUUACACGAUUCUCAAUGACUUGGAUGCUAAGUGUUAUUAAAUUUUUUUUACUUCUGAGUGAGUGCCCGUAACUUCGCUCAGAAAUGAGUAUCUUUUAUUAGUGAGUGCCUGUAACUUUGCUCAGAGAUGAGUUUCCUUUACUUCUGAAUGAGUACCCUUAACUUUGGUCAAGAGAUGAGUCUCAAUUGUAGUUGACGUGUGUAACCUUCCUUGAGCAAAUUCACUUAAUAAAUGAUAGGCUAUGCUUUCACGUACUAUUGAGCAAAUUUAAUUUUUAAUUUUAAGAUUUAUAAUCCCCUAUGCACUGUAUAUGUUUAAAUAUGCAAUUAUGUUAUCAUAAUUGUUGAUUUGAUUUCAAUUUUUUAUACCAAUUCUACCUCAAUGCAUUUAAUCCACUGAGACAAAUGAACUUUGCUUUACAUUGCA